ACCACCAUCGGAUCUCCUCCCCCUCAGUCACUCUGCAAGCUCGCUCUAGCAAUCGUCCCCUGCCACCACCAUGUCGGGCAACAUCGCCUUCGGCCGCUUCGAUGAUUCCUUCAGCGGGGCCUCCAUCAAGGCGUACGUCGCCGAGUUCAUCUCGACCCUCGUCUUCGUCUUCGCCGGCGUCGGCUCCGCCAUCUCAUACACCAAGUUGACGGGCAGCGCGCCUCUUGACCCGGCCGGGCUGAUCGCCGUCGCUGUGUGCCACGGGUUCGGGCUGUUCGUCGCUGUGGCCAUCGGCGCCAACAUCUCGGGCGGCCACGUCAACCCGGCCGUCACCUUCGGCCUCGCCCUCGGUGGCCAGAUCACCAUCCUCACCGGCAUCUUCUACUGGAUCGCCCAGCUCCUCGGCGCCAUCGUCGGCGCCGUCCUCGUCCAGUACUCCACCGGUGUGGCGACCCCGACGCACGGGCUAUCCGGCAUCGGCGCGUUCGAGGGCAUCGUGAUGGAGAUCAUCAUCACUUUCGGUCUGGUCUACACCGUGUACGCCACUGCCGUGGACCCCAAGAAGGGCUCGCUCGGCACCAUUGCCCCCAUCGCUAUCGGCUUCAUCGUCGGCGCCAACAUCCUCGUUGCCGGCCCCUUCUCCGGCGGCUCCAUGAACCCGGCCCGCUCCUUCGGCCCCGCCGUGGCCAGCGGCGACUUCACCAACAUCUGGAUCUACUGGGUCGGCCCGCUCAUCGGCGGAGGCCUCGCUGGAAUCGUGUACCGGUACAUCUACAUGUGCGGCGACCACGCGCCCGUCGCCAGCAGCGAGUUCUAAGAAGCCAGGUGAAGGGUGUGGCCAUGCGUCGUUGUUUGGUUCCUCGUAGUGUUGGCAGCAUAAUGUGGCAGUCAGGCUCGUGAUGUCAGGCUGUUAGCGGCAGCAUGUUGUGUGGUUCAGAUCAAAGUCCCGGAGGCUGUGUACGCUUGGAUGCUGAUUGAUCCAUGUUUCUGAAUUUGUUCUCGCUUGUAGUGUGGUGAGUGUGAACUUGGUAGGGUUUAAGAACCAGUGCUUUUCUGUUGACUUUUAUUGCGCGAUUUAAUUUAGUUUCUACGUU